AUGCAAACCAAUUUAAGCUUCGAUUAUGCAACACCCGUGAAAUAUAACAUACCUUAUGAUGAUAUUAUUAAUACGCAUCUCAUUUAUUUGCCUGAUUAUUUAACUAAUCAUCAAGAAAGUAAUCUUAAUAAUUGUGUUUAUGAAGAUAUGAUAGGCUCCUAUACAAACGCAUUUUUCUUUGGGUCAGCAUAUGGCUUUCGAGGCGAGGAUAAUGUUCAAGUUUCAAAAAUAAAAGGAUCAAACACAAGCGCUAAUGUGAAACCUUUUAAUAUAAAAAUUGUUCGUGUUAAAUGGAUCAAAGAAGGCAUUACAUUAUUGCUUUCAUUUUUGAAAGAACAUAAACAAAAAGAACUAUUAGAACGUGGUGGUAGUGGAAAUAUUAAAAAAUUGCUCUGGAAGCGUGCCUCGAUUGUGUUAUCCGAUAAUGAAAAUCAAUAUCUUCCUAUACAGCAUCUUUCGCUGCUUCACGCAAUUUACGUGACUUCUCCCCUUUAUGUCAUUCGCGUGGACGUUCCAUCUUUCGCAAGCUUUUAUGUGGUUAUUUGUGGAAGUAGUGAUCCACUAUUAUGA